AAAAUAGUCAAACAAAAAAGUACACAAUUUACUCAAAAUAAACUAGUGAUUAAAAUAAUUGUUAUUUAAUUGUAAAUGUUCCGACAGCCGUUGUAAUGUCUUUAAUAUGAAAUAACAUAAUAAGAAAACAAAAUGGAACCAGAUUCUACUACAUAUGAUACAGAAAAUUCUAAGAAUGAAACCUUUCCUUUCAUUACAGGGCCCUGCAACAUAUCUUUAUAUAAGGAUUUAGUAAAGGAUUCUGGACAAGGCCUAGUGGAAAUGCAAAUUGUUGAAAGGCUGCAGGCGUUUGGUUUGCUUCCAAUGGUGAUGGAAUGUGUGCAAAAUGAACCUACUUGUGAAGUUGUUUGUAAGACAGCAAGGGUUGUUGAUAGGGUCCAAUGGAUUUGCAAAACAUGUAAGAAGCGUCAACCAAUCCGAUCAGGCUCAUUUUUUUUCAAGCUUCAGUGCUCCAUUGUUCAAGCACUGCAAAUGAUAUUAGCGUGGUGUGAAGAUGCCGAUAUUAAUGUUGCUGCUGAAUAUUUUGAUGUAAAGCCACGUGUCGCUACACUAAUUUAUGACAAGUUGGAUGAAAUGGCUGCGGCUGAAAUAGCAGUUAGCAAAUUGGGAGGUCAAGACAGUGUUAUACUGACAGAGAUGUACCCGGAAUGCCUUAACCGACUCUCGCCUGAUACAACAGAUCAACCACAUAUCCAUCCCAUACUUAUGGUUGCUGAUACAAAGCAUGUACCAACUCAGUACAGACUACAUAUUAUGAAGGUGCAUUUGAAGAAAAAACCAAAUGCCGAUGGAGAGUAUAUGAAAUCGGAAGUAGAUCAGGUAUUGGAGAACAUAACAGUGCCCGGGUCGUUCCUUGUGAGUGGGUCUACUUUGCCGCCAAUAGAGGGCGCGCACGCACUAUCGCAACUCACGCAAAAUUGCGAUAUGGAUAUGCAGAGAUUUUUAACAAAUCGCGUAUGGAGCCAGGCACUAUUAUUGUGUAACGCGUCGCGCGAUAUUUGUAAGGGUAUGCCGUCAUUGUUUUGCGCAGCGCAAGUACAAAGAUACUUGGACGUUUCUCUAUAUCGUUUGCGAUUUGGCGAUGGAUUUUUCGAACAUAUGCUGAAUAUCAUCGCGGAAAAGUUUACUGAAAAAUACGACAUAUGUACUGAGGAAUGAACGUAGUUGAAAUAAACACGACGAUAUUUAAUUAAAUAUAUAAAUGCGAAAGUUUGGUAAUAGGGGUGUUCAAUAAAAAGUGAGUACUCAUAGUAGUAGUUAUCUUUUCAUCAUCAUUAUCAUCAGUUUGUGUUUUGGUUCUUUUCUGGACGUAAGCCUCCUCCAUCUCCCACCAGUACAACCCUGCAGUGGCAGGAAACCAAAUUUUAUUUUAUUUUCAAUCUUGGUGAAACAAAUUUCACUUGUCGUUGCUUCGUAUUUCUUCUCGCGACUUUGUUAUCCAUGGUUAAGGUCCAUCAUUGGCUGUCCAAAAAUAACAGCCCAUGAUUUUGCAGGGGAUGGAAUCGUCUUUAGUUUCUCCGGAGUUGGAGAUUACGGUCUCUUCCAAGUCAUGAAAUGUUUUUUCGUUUCCGAGUCAUAAUGGUGAAGCCAUGUUUCGUCUAUAGUUAUUAAUUGAGCGGAAAAUGGGUCCGUGAGGGGAUCGUCAUUAAUGGAAGUUAUUUCUAGCUUAAACUCAGUACACCAACGCAAACGUAUCGAAGACAUUAAAUUUUGCUUUCAAGUCUUGAUUUACCAGCUCCGUAGUAGUUGUUAAGUAGAAAUAUUUUAUUACCGCGGAAAUUUGAAUUUUGUCCAUUAUUACGAACACGUUCCGACACGACGCAAUCAAAUGACUUUAUUUUUAAACAAAAGAUGUGUUCUGUGCUAUGCCUGCCAGUAUUUUUUUUUUCCAAGGAGAAUGUAUCUCAUUAUCACUAUUUAUUGAACACCCCUUGUAUAAACACGUUCUUGGGUAUAAUUUUUUUCUUAAAAAAUAAUUUCCUGCAACCAAAUUAUUAACUGAAUUCAGUAAACAAACCCAGUUUGACAUGUAUAAUUUGAAUUUGCUUAUUAUUUGAGCUUUUUGACCAUUAUUGUAGAUAUUUCUAGUUUUUAAUUAGCGUUUAAUACUAGGGAUAAAAAUAUUUUUAUACUCCUUUUACAGUAAAUGUUAAGCAAAGAAGAUAUAAUUGCAGAAUUUAUAAUUUUUAACUGUCUUCCAUACACCUUCCAUUUUAUGAAAAACAGUGCCUUAGAUAUUAUGUAUAGGUUUACGAUAGCCGGUGAAAUAGUUAUAGCUAAAAAAAAUUAUUAUAUUACAUUUAUUUCAAGUUUUUCCUGUGGUAUUGAUAAAUUUUAUGCAUUAAGACGAUAAAAACAAAUAAAAUGAUAAAUAAAUAAUUAAAAACUGUAUUCAUGACAGAUAUAGGUUGUGACAAAAUUCAUCUAUUGCUAGCCCUCACACU